AUGAAGCGCUCCUCGUCGCUGCAGCCCGUGGCACCCUCGUUCGGACAGCCAUCCGCGACCGGCGCAGCGGUACGCAAGCGCAAGUCGGCGGCGUCCAUGACACGAGGGCGCAACUACACGCCGCACGCCGGCGGAGGCGGGUUCGCAGAGCCGCGGACGCCCAACCCGCAGGGCAGCGGCAGCGGCAGCGGCGGGCUGGACAUUGGGUUCGUCAACUUCACGCCCAGCGAUCACAACAUCCUGAUGACGGGAGUGGCGCCGUCCGGGUCGAGCAAGACCAAGGCGCGGCGCGAAAAGGAGGCCGCGGAGAAGCAGCGCAAGAUGUCCGAGGCGUUCCUGAAGGCGGUCAAGGCGUCUGGGGCGGACAUUGCGAAGCUGCAGGAGGAGGGGAUCGUAAUGUGA